AUGGAGUCUACAACAGCUGUAGACGUCUCGCGUGAACUAGCCGUUAUGUUCAGCAGAUAUGGUGUUCCUCAUGCCAUCAAAGCAGACAAUGCACCUCAGUUGAGUGGGCAGUGCGGAGAUUUUAAAGAAUUUUGUCAAACACAUGGUGUUCAAAUCUGGAAUACAAUUCCAUACUGGCCGCAAUCCAACGGAGAAGUCGAGAGGCAAAACCGUUCAAUAUUAAAACGUCUCAAGAUAUCCCAAGAACUUGGCAAAGACUGGAGAGCUGAGUUGCGAAAAUACUUGCUUACCUAUCAUGCAACUCGUCAUCCUACUACUGGAAAAUCACCAGGGGAGCUGAUGUUCGGUCGAAGAAUGAAUACUACGCUUCCAACGAUUUCAAUUUUUUCUGAAGAUGAAGCGGUACGUGAACAGGAUGCGGUAGUAAAACAAAAAGGCAAAGAAUAUGCUGAUCACAAGAGGAGAGCCAAGGACAGUGGCAUUGAAGUUAAUGAUCAUGUGCUUGUAAAACGGAUGAGGAAGAAUAACAAAUUACAAACUGAGUUUUCAAAUGAAGAGUUUAUCGUUCGCGACAAAGCUGGGACCGACACCCUCAUUGAAUCCACCGUUACAGGAAAGAAAUACUCUCGAAGCUCUGCACAUUUGAAAAAGCUCAACAUUGAGAAACCGGAUAGUGAAACACAGAAUCUCGAAACAUUGGUUCCGGUAGAGUCGUCAACAAGUCUACCAUCGGUUGGUGUUGAUCAGUCUGAGAAGGAUACUAAAGUUGAAGAUGAGAUAACCACUAACGAAGAGCUUAAGGAAGUAAAGAAAAGAACAAGAGUACCACCAACAAAGUUUAAAGACUAUGUAUCGUUUGAAUAA